AACUGCCAACUUUCUCCUCCAGGAAAACAGAAGAAGGAAAGGAAAAAGAGGUAUAAAAAAAAUAAGAAAAAAAUAAGAUAGCAGAAUACACGAUUUCGAUGAGAUAAGAAGCAGCACGGAAGGGAGAAAGGAAUGGACGGAUGGUUGUAAACAAGGCUUGACCCCUCCUUCUAUGCUGAAUAAACUUCGUCGGAUGGUCUCGUGACCUCCUUUGCCUCUGGUUCUUCCUCUUCUCCUGAUCCUUCUCCGCUCUUCACGAAUCAACUGCUUUGUCGUGUUCACAACCAAAGAUACAUGAGAGAUUGGAAGUCCUCCAACUCCUUUUCUCCUGUCUUCCCAAUCUCCUAGCCUUCUCUCCUCUUUCUCGUUUCUGCUUCUUCUUAUCUCUCCCUCUUGAUUACUCCGAGAUGGGAGGAGAAUCCCUCCACCCGUGUUGUUCUUCUGUUUUUUUUUGGUUUUUUUUUACUUCGAAGCGGGGGGAUGCCCUCUCUGUUGCUGAUGGCAAGAAUGAGUGGGGGCGGAUGUGGCAGAUGGGAUACCGGUACCAAAAUGUUUGAUGGAGUAAGAAGUUUGUUAGACUGAGUGGAAGGAGAAGGAUAGUGUAGGGGGAGAGGGAAAGGAGAACUGUCCUGAUGGUGGUUGGUGGCGAUGAGAACAAAACUAUUCACUUGAUGAUGGAUGAUGAAAGCAGCGAGGGUUCCUGGCUUCAUCCCCUCUCUUCCCCUUCUGUCUCUUCUUCUUUCUCUCUCCUAGGACCAAAAAGGAAGCGACGGAACAAUUGACCACCGCCAACGCCUGUGGUCCAUGACCACCCUUACACCCUUACCGCGUUUAUUUGAGAACCUGUGUGGUACAGUAUGUGGCUUAGGGAUCUUCGCGUAAUUUCCCUAAAGGGACUCUUGCUACCGAACAAAUCAGAAGUCAGCCCCUCGCAUUGAUUUGCUGAGAGGGUAAAGAGAAGCCGCAGCUCACCAUCAUCGCCGAAACACCACACACAACUCACCACGCUUGUAACUCACACAUCUCACCGCUUCCAUUUCCUCUCCUUUACAGCCUACCGCAAACCCCGCUCCAUAUUACACUCAGCAUUCCAAGCUACAUCACCAUCCCCGCUAUCUAUCCUCAACCUUCCCCCUCCCAUCCCAUUGCGGUACUUUAUUAACCACUACUCACUCGCAUUGUUUUACUCCUUAAAUAAAUAAAAAUAAUAAAAUUUUUACAUUUCCACCAUCGCAACCAUGGCCGACGUCCGCAAACUCCUACAAGCUGAACGCCGUCAACGCGAAGCCAACAAUAAAAAAAACCCUACCGCUCCUCCUCCUCCUCCCUCCCGCCCGUCCGGGAAAAGACCACUCACAGAGAACUCCGGCUUAUCCUCAAAACGCACCAAAAUGUCCGCCCCGACAACAGCAAACCUACCCGCAGACUUCUUCUCUGGUGGCCCCGUCAGUAGUAGUAGUAGCAGCAACGAACGGGUCGAGAUACUAGACUCCCGAGUCUCGAAACCCACCACCACCACCGCUGCCACUGCGGAUGACGAUCCUAUGUCCGAAGCAGCAACUUCACUACCGCAAGACUUUUUCCAAAAGAAUAGUCUGGAAGACGUAGACGAGGACGAGUGGGCUGCGUUUCAGGCCGAGGUUGCGGCGGAGUCGCCGCCCGCGGCAACUACCGGUGUACCUCCCGUGGCGACAGUUAUUACGGCUGCGCCGACACUGAAUAGCGCUGGGGGAGAGCAGGAGCAAGGGAUAGAUGAUGAGGAUGACUACGGCAAGGGCGAGGAGGAGGAUGCCAAGCAGAAACUACUCGACGAGUUUGAGGAGAUGGAGAGUCUGGAACAGAGAGUUUUGAGGCUGAAAGAGCGGAGGGCGGCGCUCAAGAGCAAGCAUCCUAUCACGGGUGCACAGAUGGAAGUUGUUGAAGUGGAGGUUACGGGGGGAGGGGGGUUGGACGAUGGUGAUGAUGAUGGCGAUGGCGACGGCGAUGACGAUGAAUAUGAAGAAGAUGACUUCUUCAGGGCCAGGGGGUCCUAGAGAGAGUGGGUGUGAGAGAGAAAAAUAGAGAAAGGAGGAGACUUUUCUUCUUCGCAUUCGUAUACAAGUUCUUAACGUCACGUUUCAUUCACUUCACAGCUAUUAAACCUCUCUCUACAAGCACGCGUGCCAUCAGUAAAGGCGGCAGAGAAAAAAGGCUUUGUACAGUACCAACAGAUUGUAUACUAGAUCGAAACCGAGAACCCAAUCCCUCGGUCAUUCCCCUCUUCCCCCUCCCUCUUCAUUUCCUCUAUUUCCCUCUCUUCACCUAUAUCCUUGUUCUUACCAACUACAUUGUACAUUCCUAUCAGUAUCCAUAUUAAUUCAUCUCCCACCCA